AUGGCAUCAACACCCUCAGCAUCAACAUCUGCCAUCCCCUCGACAUCCACAUCAACAAGCACACCAAACGCCACAACGCGCUCCUCGCGCGUCGCGCCCCACAGCCACAUCAAAGGCCUGGGUCUGAACGCGGAGGGGUUCGCGAGCGAUAAUGCGAUGGGGUUCGUGGGGCAGGGUAAUGCGCGCGAGGCCUGCGGCGUCGUAACAGACCUAAUCCGCACCCGCAAAUUCUCCGGCCGCGCCCUGCUCCUCGUCGGCGCGCCCGGGACGGGCAAAACGGCGCUCGCACUCGCCCUCGCGCACGAGCUGGGCGUCAAGGUCCCGUUCUGCCCCAUGGUGGGCAGCGAGGUGUACAGCACGGAGGUGAAGAAGACCGAGGUGCUGGCUGAGGUGUUCCGGCGCGCGAUCGGACUGAGGAUUAAGGAGACGAAAGAGGUGUACGAGGGCGAGGUUACAGAGUUGACGCCAAGCGAGGCGGAGAACCCGCUGUCAGGGUACGGCAAGACGGUCGCGCACGUCGUCGUGGGGCUCAAAACGGCGAAAGGGACGAAACAGCUAAGAUUGGACCCGAGCGUGUACGAGGCGAUUCUGAAGGAGAAGAUUGUCGUGGGGGAUGUGGUGUAUAUCGAGGCUAAUACCGGCGCCGUCAAGCGCGUGGGCCGGAGCGACGCCUACGCCUCCUCCUACGACCUCGAGUCCGACUCGUACGUCCCGCUCCCCAAGGGCGACGUGCACAAGAAAAAGCAGCUCGUGCAGGACGUCACGCUCGGCGACCUCGACGCGGCCAACGCGCGCCCGCAGGGCGGCCAGGACAUCAUGAGCGUCAUGGGCUCGUUGGUUAAAUCAGGGAGGACGGAGGUGACGGAUAAGCUGAGGCGGGAGGUGAAUAAGGUCGUGAAGGGCUAUGUGGAUCAGGGCGUCGCGGAGGUCGUGCCGGGGGUCGUGUUUAUCGACGAAGUGCACAUGCUGGACAUCGAGUGCUUCACGUACCUCAACGCGCUCCUCGAGUCGCCCAUGGCGCCGACCGUCGUCCUCGCCACCAACCGCGGCAACGCGCUCGUGCGCGGCACGGCGGACGUCGUCGCGCCGCACGGUGUGCCCGUCGACCUCCUCGACAGAUGCCUCAUCGUGAAAACCGAAACCUACGCCCGCGCCCAGAUCGCCCAAGUCGUCCAAGUCCGCGCGGCGGUCGAAGGGAUCCAGCUCGGCCCGGGCGUGCUGGACAAGCUGGCCGAGGAGGGCGAGCGGGCGUCGUUGCGGUACGCAUUACAGCUGCUCGCGCCGGCGGCGAUACUGGCGCGUUUGGCCGGGCGGGACCAGGUGUUGCCGGAAGACGUGGGCGAGAUGGGCGGGCUGUUUUUGGAUGCGAAGAGUAGUGCGGGGAUGUUGGGGGAGGGGGGCGGGGAGAUGAUGCGGUGA